AUGGCUGGCGUGCAAGGUUCGACGACGUUGAGGGCUUUGAGGGAGAUUACCUAUGGCAGCAUAGCGGGCAUGAUAUCAAAGGUUUUUGAACACCCCUUUGAUCUGACGAAAGUCCGAUUGCAAUCUCAAGUUCUUGACUCCACUGCCCGGUUCAAUGGUCCCAUUGAUUGUUUGGUGAAGACAUGGCAGAAGGAGGGCGUAAAAGGGUUAUACCGCGGACUUCCAGCACCAAUUGUUGGUGCCAUGGCCGAGAAUGCUUCACUCUUUUUAGCCUACGGAGAAUUCCAAAACCUUAUUCGGCUAGUGACGCAUCGACCGGUGCAAGAGGAGAAGCUAGCAUUACACCACUUGGCGUUAGCUGCGGCUGGUGCUGGUGCCAUCACAAGUUUUUUGCUAACCCCAAUAGAGUUGGUGAAAUGCAAGAUGCAAGUCCAAAUGUUGGUGACACCUACAAGCAGCACGCCCAAGCCCCUCCCGGGCCCCAUAUCCGUGCUCAUGUCCGUCAUUCGCACGACGGGCCUCCGAGGUCUCUGGCUAGGCCACACAGGGACGCUCAUCCGCGAAACGGGUGGAACCGCAGCUUGGUUCGGCACUAAAGAAUACGUCGCGUCGCUGCUCGUGGCUCACAGGACGCGCCACGCUUCCAGUUCGUCUGGAAAAACUGAGGCAACAGGUGCUGGUCUCCUGCCUUGGGAAUCGGCCCUCUCAGGGGCCUGUGCGGGAGUUGCAUUCAAUCUUGCACUGUUCCCGGCGGAUACGGUGAAGAGCGCCAUGCAGACUGAGGAGGAGCUUAGGCCCCGCGUGCUAGGGGCGCCGCAAGUUCCCAAAGCCACCUUUGUGUCGACGUUCCGUGCAAUGUACAGAGCGCAGGGGAUCCCUGGGCUCUACGCAGGCUGCGGGAUUACGGUUGCGAGGUCAAUACCAAGCAGCGCACUCAUUUUUUUGAUUUAUGACGAGUUAAAGAAAUACUUUGGAUAA